AAUAAUCCGCACAACUAGCCCAAAAUCCGCCAGCGGUUCCCUCGUAGAUAAUAGGUCAGAAAUAAUCCAUCAGAUCUGUUAUUCGUAAAACGGUGGUAUGUUAACGAACUUUCUCCUUACCCUAUCUCUCUCGUUUUCGCGAGAAAAUCCAGACGAAAGCUUCCUUAUUCAUCCAUCCUCAUGGCUUCAGAUUUUGCCAAAUCUAAUUCGGGUGAACUUGAAUCGGCUUUGAAGUUGAAGACUGUUCAGUACUUCGUCACUAAAAGACCGUGGCUUGAUCUUUAUGGAAUCAAUGUUAGACCCGUCGCUCCGUUUGGAAGUGUGAGUAGGAAACCAUAUGUUGAUCCAGCGCUGAUACACCGUAGCUUACCUGAUGAGCUUCUCUUUGAGGUCUUUGCACGAACUACACCAUAUGACUUGGGAAGGGCUUCUUGUGUUUGCCGAAAAUGGAGGCACACAAUUCGUAAUCCUGUGUUUUGGCGCAAUGCAUGCUUAAAGGCCUGGCAGCUUUCUGGAGUGGUCGAAAACUGUAAAAUUUUGCAGUCAAAGUAUGAGGGUUCGUGGAGAAGAAUGUGGCUUUUGAGACCAAGGGUUCGUACUGAUGGACUUUAUGUAAGCAGGAACACGUACAUUCGUGCUGGAGUUGCAGAAUGGAAGGUCACUAAUCCUGUUCAUGUGGUCUGCUAUUACCGUUACAUCAGAUUCUUAGCUUCUGGCCGAUUUCUUUACAAGAAUUCAUCUCAAAAGAUCAAAGAUGUGGCAAAAUACAUGAACUUUCGUGCAGCCAAGGCAGAAGGUGUUUUCAGUGGUCAUUACACUCUGUCAGAUGAUAAGAUUGAGGCUGCAGUUUUGUACCCAGGCACACGUCCUACUGUAUGGAGGAUCCGGUUAAGGAUAAGAGGAACUACAGACGGGGCAAACAAUCGGAUGAAUUUACUCUCACUUGUUACAAGUGGUGUGAACAGUGAUGAGGUCAAUGGCCCUGAUGAGGAUAUUCUUGGAGUGGUUGGAACUUGGAUGGAUGAUGAAACACACAACCCAGAUGUGCCCGCUGUAUCACACAAGAGGGGUCUCACACCCUUUGUUUUUGUUCCUUUCGAAGAGGUAGAGACUUCGGUUUUGAAUCUUCCUGUGGACAAGAUGGAUUACUUUGUACCUGGCUGAUCACUCGAACAAGGAGGCUGUUAUUUGUAAAUAUGAAACUAUUUGUUUCUUUGUUCCAAAGCGUUGAAUUGGUUGCCUGAAACAUUGGCUCUUGUGUUUUAAUGCAAACUGUUUGUUGUAUGUACGAUAGGACAUGAUGAAAUUGGAUCGCUGAAUUGUGUAUUCUAUGAUGUAAUAAUUGAUGGAUUUUAAGUUACAAACGCUACUUUCAUUUA